CUCUCGCAACCAAUCCGAAGCUUAGCUAGCAGCAGCGGGGCGGAGCGGCCAACUUCCCACCCAAUCCGGCGCUCCGCUUUCCCAGCCGGCGCACCUUUGACCCAAAAGAGCGCCCGACGAGCCGCGUCCGUAAGCCACUGGGGAAGCUCCCCCAGGAAAGAGGCGGGGCCGCCCCUCCUCUGACCCAACCAGCCGCAAGCUCGAGCGCCCGAACGUCUCGCCCAAUGGGCGCCCCGCGAGCCGCACCCUUGCCCAAUGGGAACCGUCCCUUCUCAGCCGGGGGCGGCCUUCGACCCUCCCUCCCAAUCAGCGCGGCCGCCGCUUCAGGGAAAAGGCCCAAUGGGCGUCGUCGGAACCCAGCCUCUGCCCAAUGGGCGGCGCUGCUGCCGCUGAGCGCUGGAGGAGAAGCUCGAGUCCUCCCCCGCCGGCACUGUGAGGCGGUCGGAGGAGUCCGCUGGCCGGCCGCCGCCGCCGCCUCCUCCUCCUCCCGUUGCUGCGCCGCCGCCGCCGCCAUGAGCGGCCCUCUGGCCUCGGGGCUGCCGGCCUGGAAGCGGGCCCUCCUGGAGAGGAAGCGGGCCAAGCUGGCCGCCGGGGUGGAGCCGGAGCGGGGCCGCCCGGCGGAGCAGCCGCUGCCGCCGACCUCGGAGGGCGAGGAGGAGGCGGCGGCGGCGGCGGCUGGGCCGGCGGAGCGGCUGGUGGUGGCCGAGAGCCUGGGCCCCCUGCGGGAGAACCCCUUCAUGCGGCUGGAGAGCGAGCGCCGGCGGCGGCGGAGGCGCUUCCUCCUGCCCCCGCUGCCCCUCCCCCCCGCCGCCUCCUCCCCCGAGCCCCCGGCGCCGACCCCCCCGCCGCCGCCCUCCCCCUCCUCCGCGGAGCCCCCGGCCCUGGCCCAGCUGCUGGAGCUCUACAGCUCCGUCCCGGGCAUCCGCACCAUCCGAGCCGACAACAUCCUCAUCAUCGAGUCCCGCGAGGCCGAGGCAGCCCCGCCAGCCCCGCCUGGGCACCCCCACACCGGGGGCGACAGUGGCACCGACAGCGCCGACUCCCCACGGUGGGCGCCUCGGCCGGGGCCCCCCCUGGGCCCGCCGUCCCCCCACGCCGGCAGCGGCUGGGACGCCUUCCGGGAGCUGCUGUCCCGCAGCGGGUCCGCUGUCACCGAGAUCCGCGCUGCCGAGGUGGUCAUCUACGAGCCCCAGCCUCCGUCUUCGCCAACGGCGGCCGCCGGGCUUGGGGGCUCCGGGUCGGAGCCCGGCAGGGUCAGCCGGCUGCUGCAGAAGUUCGACCGCCGGGGCAACGUGGCGAGAGGAAGGUGGCGGGGCGGAGAUGCUCCUCAGCCAGAACCGGCGGUGCCAAAUCCUUCGCUGGAGAAGGCUCUCUCGUCGCCCACUGCCCGACCCGGGCUGGGUCUUGGUUCUCCACGGGGGCUCCAGCCCGGCGGCUUCAUGCAGAAGAUCGGCUCCAAUUCGUUCACGGUGAACCCCCGGGGGUGCCGCCCCGGUCCCCUCGUUCCCAGGCCCAUAGCCCCUGUGCUCAGCAACGGGCCCGUGGAGUCGAAGGUGGCUACUGUGCUACCAGCUCCGUCCGGGGGCAGAAGUCGGCAGGGGGCAGCUGCCCCAAAGCCCGUGCCAUCUCCAAGCGCCAAUGCGGCUUCUCUGAACCAAGCCAACGCAUGGAAGCCAAAGCCCGAGGGAGCUGUCGAGAUCCCGCUGCCCCCGCAGUCUAGUGCCAGUCUGGAGAGCAGUGCCACAGCCAGCUGGUCCCAGUCUACACCUCACUCCAGUUCCAACUGCUCUUUUGAGAUCCACCCGGCCCCCAAGCCGGACCUGGCUGCCAUUCCUGCCCACGAUCUCAAAGCACAGGCCUUGGCCAGCCUGCGUCUCAACUCCCGCAACUCUUUUCUCUUUGUUCCCCGCCGGAAAGGGGAUGCUGCUAGCCCCCCGGAACCCACUGAAGUCCCCCCAUCUUUGCCAGGAGGGGCCUUGCCACCUGCCCCCAAGAAGCCAGCCGAGACUUUGGUGCCUGUGACCUACAUUGACGAGGACUUGGUGGAGCUGGAUGCUGACUUGCCCCCACUGAAAGUCCUGAGCCCUCGGCUUGAGGGUUUUGAUGUGCUCCAAGAAAGUAAUUCUUCCCUGGAGAUGGAGGACUCUGCUGUGCCGAUGUACAAGCCCCACGUGGCUGGCUUUGCUCCUUCUCAGAAAGGCAGCAACACCUUCACUGUCGUGCCCAAAAGGAAGCCCCCCAGUGCUGGACUAGAGACCUUCAGAAGAGCUCAGCUGCUGCUGGAGGAGGAGGAGGAAGAGGAGGAAGAAAUCCGAGCCAAAGUCAGGACUGAUGCGCCCCACCAGGAGUUGGGUCAUCUGCUGAAAAAGCGCUACCCCACUGUGAAUGAGAUUGAGGUGAUAGGGGGCUACCUCUCCCUGGAUAGGUCCUGUAUGAGCAAGUCGGGCUCUCAGCGCAAAAAGAUGAAGAUCUCCUUCAAUGAGAGCAGCCUGCAAACCAUGUUUGAAUACCCAUCGGAGAGCUCCUUGGUUGAGGAGGAAGAAGAGGACGAGGACGAGUAUGCUACAGAAGUGGAUGAGACGCCUGCAUCUCUGGGUCCUCACUCGAACGGAAACAACUCAGGGUUAUCAAGUUACACCCCAAAGCACUCCACAGAAUUCAGCAAGUGGCAGAAGGAGCAAUAUGAGGAGAUGCCUCCAAGCACAGGGGCCUUCCCAUGGGACGCUGACCUGCCUGGCAACCAAGUCAUGCUUACCCCAGCAGACAAGAGCAGCCUCUCUGACUUCAGUAGUGAACCUGCCCUGUACUUCUAGGCUUGAGCUGGUGCUGAAAAGAGACCACUCUCCUGUCCCCAGCGGCCUUGCGUCUGGGCAUCUGCAGCAGCACUUCCGGGGCGGGUUGGGCGGGCACUUGGAGCCAAGCCUCUCUUCCCUUAUCAGGUACUAAGAAGCCAUGGGUGGGGACGAGGCAUUCUUGUACUUACACUGGAUUCUGGGACACACCAUGUCCCAAGGCAGCUCGCUGCUUCUACUGGUGGCCUUAAUAGCUCUUGCUCGAAACCCAGCUUUGAAAGCAGAUCCUCAUGUCUGGAGGCGGAGCUGGACUCUAUCUCAGCUGCUGAAAGUCUGUGGCUUUUCUUCUCACUCGGCCGUGCUGCUCCCUUGGCAAUUAGCUUGAUGUUGGAGCCUUGCAAAUGAGCCGCGAUUUGACAGCAGUGACUGAAUGGAAAACACCGACUGGGAAUUCACCUGCGGGGGGGAAGGAGGGCUUGUGAGGAGGCCCUUAUGGCAGGCCUGUUCGGAGUCGGAUGCUUCCACUCCACAGAUAGGUUAGUGACGUUGCCUGCUCUGGUAGGUUAGUGACAAGGGUGAAGAGGGAUGGAAGGAAUUGUUCUGUUACUUUAAAAGAAGUAAACUUGAGAAUAGUUGAGCUUGGUUCCAAGGACUGAUCGUCGGGGUGUGCCCUUCCUUGCAGUGGCAAAGGUAGCUUUAAAGGGACAACACAUGGCAACAUCUUAUGCUUUCCUGAACUGUGUGGAGAGCCAGUCAUCUCUACGAACCUCCAGCUGUCCACACAAGCUUGCCACACUGUGGCUCUAAAUAAGCGGUUGCCCUGUGGCUGCCAGUUCUGACUCAGUGACCCCAAGGAGAACUCCAGUGGCUGGGGAAACACAGUCUUUGUUCUGGUCCUCUUCCUCUGUCACGGUGGUUGGAGUCCAGGCUCCCUAGCCCCUCGGGUGGCUGUUGGGUCAGCCCAGUUCCUUGGCUGAAGAUGGGGCGGGGACUCGUGGCGCUCUAAUCCUUCCACUCCUGGUUGCAUCACGAUCUCCCACUCCUGUAUUCUCCAGAAGCGACUUGUGUGGUCUCCUGCCAGAGGGUUAUGCUAUGUUCAGUUUGCUCCUGCAGAAACUGUUGUACCAGUCAGUGAGCAAAUUCUCUGGCUCUGUUCAGGUUACCAAAGCGAGACUGAAGUACUGUAGCCUAGCAUCCAAAAAGCACUCUCUGCAAAAACAGAAUGUUGAUCUGCACUCCUGAGGUUUGAUAGAAAUACGGUCAAAAAGUCUGUGGUUUGUGUGUCAAUAAGUGAUCCUCGCGUUCAGCCUACUCCAAAGGACCAAGAUUUCUGCUCUUGAAACCUACUGUCUGUCUCUUCUUGUUUCAAAUGUCAAAUCAGAUUGAGCUAAUUUACUGUGGUGAAUUAGAAGAUGCUCCUGUAUUUUGCACUUGAUUACAAUUUAUUAGCCGAGGGGGCGGGAAUCUGAGAUCAUCUGCUCAGCUGACCAUUGAUGCUGGGUCUGGCUGGAGGGGCCAAACUCCUGUCUUUGUCAUCCCCCUUUCCCCUGGAAUGGUGUCACUUUGUGCUUCCAAAGCUCAUUAAACUACACAAGUGAUUUCUUCA